AUGACCACCACCGCCCCAUCCACUUGGGAAUUCUCCCAACAAUUCACAGCCGAAUUUCAGGCUUCACGAACUGAUCUCCAAAGCCGUCUAGCAGCAGCCCAAACAAACUCUACUCCACAAACCCUUCAAGAUCUCUCAUCUCGACUAGCCCGACUAUCCAGAUCUCUAUCCGAUGCUACAGGUUCACUACCAAGCUAUGACCAGAAACUCUACGAAACUCAAGUGAAGCAGCUCGAGCGAGAGAUCGAGGCUCUACGGACAAGUAGCACAGGCAAACCUCGUUUCUCUUUCAAACGCAAAUCACCAGCCUCUUCCUCUGUGGCUGCUGCAGCAGUUGGAGCCGAUCUUCCACCCCCAAUCGCAUCCCAUUCUUCCAUCCUCAGUCCACCGGUGAACGAUGGCGGUUCGCAACCAACCCCUCUCGACUCAACCUCCACGCCAUCCGGAAAGAACCUAACCCUCCAAGGCCACUCAUCUCGCUACAUCCUCCUCUCGGACCUCCCACUCUCCCCUUCAUCAUCCCAAACCCCCGAUCUAACCAUCUGCGACCUAACAAACUGCAUCGUCAACCUACUUCCACACUUCAACGAAGGCUAUUCUAACGACGACACUGAUAAAUCUAAAGACUCACCACCACUCUUUGGUGCAUACCACAUCCGCAACCUCACCAACUGCAUCAUCCUACUCCCAUUCAGCCCUGGGAGCGCCCUAAUCCACUCUUUAACGAACUGCGUAUUAGUUUUGGGCAGCCACCAGUUCCGAAUGCACAACAGCCAACACGUCGACGUCUACCUCGACAUAACUUCCAACCCCAUCAUCGAAGGAUGCUCCUCAAUCAGAUUCGCGAUGUACCCAGCCCGUCUGAACCCCGACUUGCUACGCAGAUCCCCCCUCCCGCCCUUCACGAUCCAAGACUUUUCUCACAUUCGCAGCAGUCCUUCUCCCAACUUCUCGCUGAUGGCGACCAAACUCGAGAACGAAGCUAAACCAUGGCCCCUCCAUAAACUCACCUCCAACGAAGAAUUGGAUAAGGGCUUGGCUGGUCUGUUGCCUCAACCUGGUGCACCAGUCGAAUAG